ACUUUCUGCGGGGGCUGGAGCCAGCCCCUGGGGCAGCUCCGGGCUCUGCCGACACCAGCCCCGGAGCCGGAGCCUGCAGGAGGCAGAAUGACAUCCACAUCUUGCUCCAGAUCCUCUCAUCCUCCCAAGGGAUGGGGAAGAGACAUGGCUGCUUCAGUGGUGCUGGCUCAGGAGCUGGUGACCUUCAAGGAGGUGGCUGUGUAUUUUACUGAAGAGCAGUGGGCUCUGCUGGACCCCCAUCAGAGAGCCCUCUACAGGGACGUCAUGCAGCAGAACUAUGAGAAUGUGACCUCUCUGGGAUUUCCAAUUGCCAAACCCAACAUAAUAUCCCAGCUGGAACGAGGGGAAGAGCCGUGGGUGACAGAUCUCCCGAGCUUUGAGGAAAGGGACAUCCUGAGAAACAUCCGCACAGCAGGUGAUGGGACGGUGGGUGAGAGCGAGGAGGAGAAUCCUCAGCAGGAAGCUCCUGAGCAAGUGGAACAGCACGGAAAUCUAUCCGGAAAAACUGCAGAGGACAUUUCCCAGAGUCCUGAGCAGAGAGAAGCCUGUGAGAGACAGCAAGGAAACAACCCAGGGAUGAAACUGGGUAAAUCCACUUACCAAGUGGGAGGUCUGAAGGACCUUAAGGAAACCACGAUCCUGCCAAGAGUCUUCAGUAAAGAGGAACCAUAUGACUGUGCUGAGUGUGGGAGAAGUUUCAACCGGAAAUCCAAUCUUGUUAGGCAUCAAAGAGUCCACACCGGCGAAAAACCCUAUAACUGCCCCAGCUGUGAGAAGCGCUUCAAUCAGAUAUCAAACCUUAUUGUACAUCAGAGAAUCCAUACAGGAGAGAGACCCUAUAAAUGCCUCAACUGUGAGAAAAAUUUCAAGCACAGUUCAGACCUUGUUUUACACCAGAGAAUUCACACGGGAGAGAGACCAUAUAAAUGCCCUGACUGUGGCAAGAGCUUCAAGCAGAGCUCAGUCCUUAUUUCACAUCACACAAUCCAUACGGGAGAGAAACCCCACAACUGUCUUGAGUGUGGGAAAUAUUUUGCUUAUUUCUCAUCCCUGAUUUCACACCAGAGAAUCCACACAGGAGAGAGACCGUAUACAUGCCUCGACUGCGGGAAAACCUUCCGUCAGAAAGCGUACCUUAUUGUCCACCAGAGAAUCCACACGGGAGAGGCACCCUAUAGCUGUCCUGAGUGCGGGAAAAGCUUCAAGCAGAGAUCAGACCUUAGUGUACAUCAGAGAAUCCAUGUGGCAGACAGACCCUAUAAAUGCCCCGACUGUGGGAAAGGCUUCAGCCAGAGUUCAAACCUCCUUAAACACCAGAGAGUCCACACAGGAGAGAGACCCUAUAACUGCCUGGAGUGUGGGAAACAUUUUUCUAAUUUCUCGUACCUGAUUUCACAUCGAAGAAUCCACACAGGAGAGAGACCCUAUAAGUGCCCCGACUGCGGGAAAAGCUUCAGGCAGAGCUCGGACCUUAGCAAACAUCGGAGACUCCACACAGGAGAGACACCCUAUAAAUGUUCUUUCUGUGGGAAAAGCUUUGCUCUGAGCUCAAACUUGAUUUCACACCAGAGAAUCCACAUGGGAGAGGCAUCCUAUAAAUGUGCCAACUGCGGGAAAAGCUUCAAACAGAGCUCAGACCUUAUUUCACACAGACGAAUUCACACAGCAGACAGACCUUAUAAAUGCUCUGUCUGUGGAAAGAGCUUCAGCCAGAGAUCAAACCUCACCGUACAUCAGAAAAUCCACAUGGCAGCGAGACCCUAUAACUGCCCUGACUGCGGGAAAAGCUGCAAGCGCAGCUCAGAACUAAUUUUGCAUCAGAGAAUCCACACGGGAGAGAAACCCUUUAACUGCUCCAAAUGUGGGAAAAGUUUCUGUCAGAGAUCGCACCUUAUUAGGCAUCAGAGAAUUCACACAGGAGAGAAACCUUAUAAAUGCUGUGUCUGUGGAAAGAGCUUCAGCCAGAGAUCAAACCUCACCGUACAUCAGAAAAUUCACACGGCAGCGAGACCCCAUAACUGCCCUGAGUGUGGGAAAAGCUGCAAGCGCAGCUCAGACCUUAUUUCACAUCAGAAAAUCCAUGUGGGAGAGAAACCCCAUAACUGCCCUGAGUGUGGAAAAAGCUUCAAGCGGAGCUCACAACUAAUUUCGCAUCAGAGAAUCCACACGGGAGAGAAACCCUUUAACUGCUCCGAAUGUGGGAAAAGUUUCUGUCAGAGAUCGCACCUUAUUAGGCAUCAGAGAAUUCACACAGGACAGAAACCCUUUAACUGCUCUGUGUGUGGAAAGAACUUUAUCCAGAGCUCAGCCCUUAUUGUCCAUCAGAGAAUGCACACCAGAAAUAAACCAUAUACAUGUUCUGUCUGUGGGAAAAGCUACAAGGCGAAGGUCUCGCUAAUAUCCCACCAGAAACUGCACACAGGGGAAAAAACGUAUGAUUGUGCUGAGUGUGGGAAAAGCUUCAGUUGGAGAUCACAUCUUAUUGUACAUCAAAGAAACCACACAGGGGAGAAACCCUAUAACUGCCCCGAGUGCGGGAAAAGCUUCAGUCGGAGCUCUACCCUGAUUAUACAUCAGAGAGUCCACACGGGAGAAAGACCCUACAAGUGUCACGACUGUGGGAAGAGCUUCAAGCGCAGCUCAGAACUUCUUUCACAUCGACGAACCCACACGGGAGAGAAACCCCAUAACUGCCCUGACUGUGGGAAAACCUUCAGUGAUGGCUCAAACCUCAUUAAGCAUCAGAGAAUCCACACGGGACAGAAACUCUAUAACUGCCCUGAGUGCGGGAAGAGCUUCAGUCGGAGCUCACACCUUAUCACUCAUCAGAGAAUCCACACGGGAGAGCGGCCCUUCUACUGCCCUGAGUGCGGGAAGGGGUUCAGUCGGAAGGCUCAUGUCAUUACACACCAGAAAACCCACACUGGAGAGAGACCCUUUCGGUGUCCCGAGUGUGGGAAAAGCUUCAUUCGGAGCUCAGACCUCACUAUACAUAAAAGAAUCCACACGGGAGAGACACCUUAUAAGUGUUCUGUCUGUGGGAAAAGUUACAAGCAGAGCUCAGAACUUAUUUCACAUCAGAGAAGCCACACAGGAGAAAGACCUUAUAACUGCCCUGACUGCAAGAAAAGCUUCAGUAAUAGCUCCGACCUUAUUGUGCAUCGGAGAAUCCACACAGGAGAGAAGCCCUAUAAAUGCUCCGAUUGCGGGAAAAGCUUUGGUCACAGCUCAGCCUUUAUUAGACACAGGAGAAUCCACACCGGCCUGAGGCCCUAUAAUUGCCCCGAGUGUGGGAAAAGUUUUGCUCAGAAAUGGCACCUUAUUAGACACCAGAGAAUGCACAAUGGAGAGACACCCUAUAAAUGUUCUGUCUGUGGGAAAAGCUACAAGGCAAAGGUCUCCCUCGUGUCUCACCAGAAACUCCACACAGGAUAGAAGGCAGUGGGAGCUGUCCCUGUGGGGCAAUGGGUCUGUGCUCCCCUGAAGCAAAGUGUAAACCUGCUGCAAUUGAGGAUGGGCUGAGUGGGCGCAGCAAGCAGGUGGAUGGUUUGGAUUUCACUGAGGGCGGCUGGUGAGGCCAAAGGAGGGGGGAGUGCUGGGCACUGGGGAGAUAAGUCAUUUCAGGGUCUGGGGGGAGCAGGCAAUGGAAUUAGUGGGGAGACAUUUUGUGCAAGUUCUACACUCGCUUUCCAAUUUAGCAGGGAGGUAAAAAUUCCCCGUUGCCAUCCAGUCAUCCUUGCAGUUCCUAGGGCCCUUGAGGACAGAUGCACGCGGACGUGCAGUCAUAUGGGGCUGUAGUUAUAAAGCAGCCGAGAGCUACUGCUCUGAAGUAACAGGAUUUCAGAGCAAGUCGUGGUGUAUUGAACAUCCCUGUAGACAUGCGGGGGUGCACUGGACAUUGGGGAAUCCAUGGGGGGAGAUUCCCCCGAGAGGUUUGAUUGCCCUGUUCCUGAGAGGCCAACAGUGAGAGCUGGGGACUUGGGACGUAGCACUCCUGGGUUUGGCUCCUGGCUCUGAGAAGAGAGUGUGGUCAGGUGGCUAGAGCAGGGCGAAGGAACUGGGAGUUAGGACUUCUUGGUUUAGUAGCCAACUCUCCUAGUGUCUCCCUGUGUGACCCUGUACCAGUCACUUCCCCUCUCUGUUGUCCUGUUGCUCCUGUCUCUGCCCUGGAGAUAGUAAUAGUCGCCCACCUCUCUGGAGAGUUGUGGGAUGUCACUAAUCACUGUGUGUUCAUCGAUUCUAAGGUCAGAAGGGAUCAUUGUGUUCCCCUAGCCUGACCUCCUGUAUAGCGCAGGCCAUAGGCCUUCCCUGAAUUAAUUCCUGUUUGAACCAGAGCAGAUCUUUUUUAAAAAAACAUCCAGUCUUGAUUUAACAAUUGCCAGUGAUGGAGAAUCCACCACAAGCCUUGGGAAGUUGUUCCACUGUUGAAAAGUUUGUGCCUUAUUUCUAGGCUGAAUUUGUCCAGCUUCAAAUUCCAGCCAUUGGAUCUUGUUAGAUCUUUGUCUGCUAGACUGAAGAGCCAAUUGUCAAAUAUUUGUUUCCAAGAUACUUACUUAGAGACUGUGAUCAAGUCACCUCCUAAUCUUCUCUUUGCUAAAGUAAAUAGAUCAAGGUCCUGGAGUCUUUCACUAUAAGGCAUGUUUCCCAAGACUUCAAUCAUUCUUGUGGAUCCUCUCUGAACCCUCUCCAGUUUAUCAACAACCUUCUUGAAUUGUGGACACCAGAACUGGACACAGUAUUCAAGUAGCUGUCACACCAUUGCCAAAUAUGGAGGGUAACAUAAUCUCUCUACUCCUACUCAAUAUUCCCCUGUUUAGACAUCCAAGGAGCGCAUUAGCCCUUUGAGCCAUUGGCAGCUCACGUUUAGCUGAUUAUCUACCAUGACCCCCAAGUCUUUUUCAGAAUCACUGCUUCCCAGGAUACAGUCCUGCAUCCCUGUAAUUAAGGCCUACAUUUUUUGUUCAUAAUUGUAUGAGUUUAUAUUUGGCCAUACUGAAAUGCAUAUGGUUUGCUGGCACCCGACUUUGUAACAGUCCCCAAUCUGUGUGUCACCUGCAAACUUUAUCAGUGAUGAUUUUAUGUUUUCCUCCAGGUUACUGAUGAAAAUGUUAAAAAGCAUACCGCAAAAAACUGGUCCCUGCUGGACCCCACUAGAAACACCCACUCAGUGAUGAUUCCCUAUUUAUAAUUAUAUUUUGCAACCUGUCAGUUAAUCAGUUUUAAAUCCAUUUAAUAUAUGCCAUGUUGAUUUUGUAUCAUUCUAGUUUUUUAAUCAAAGUAUCAUGCAGUACCAAGUCAAAUGUCUUACAGAAGUCUAAGUAUAUUCAAUCAGUACCAUUACCUUUAUCAACCAGACUUGUAAGUUCAUUAAAAAUAAAUCAAGUUAGUUUGACAGGAUCUGUCUUCCAUAAACCCAUGUUAAUGGGGAUUCAUUAUAUUACCCUCCUUUAAUUCUUUAUUAAGCAAGUCCCGUAUCAGCCACUCCAUUAAUUUGCCCAGGAUCUGUAAGGCUGGCAGUCCUACUAUUGCCUAAGUCAUCCCAUUAAUUAAAUUAAUUAAAGGUCUAGAAAACAUGAGGGAAGAUUGAAAAAAUUGGGUUUGUUUAGUCUGGAAAAGAGAAGACUGAGAGGGAACAUAACAGUUUUCAAGUAUGUAAAAGGUUACAAGGAGGAGGAAGAAAAAUUGUUUUUCUUAAUCUCUGAGGAUAGGACAAAAAGCAAUGGGCUUAAAUUGCAGCAAGGGAGGUCUAGGUUGGACAUUAGGAAAAACUUCCUAACUGUCAGGGUGGUUAAGCACUGGAAUAAAUUGCCUAGGGAGGUUGUGGAAUCUCCAUCAUUAGAGAUUUUUAAGAGCAGGUUAGACAAACACCUGUCAGGAAUGGUCUAGACAAUACUUAGUCCUGCCACGAGUGCAGGGAACUGGACUAGAUAACCUCUUGAGGCCCCUUUCAGUUUUAUGAUUCUAUGAAUAUUGGCAUCUUCAGCUAGAAAGUUUCUUUUAUUACUGUAUUUUAUUAUUCUGCCACUGUCUCAUUCUUCCCUAGCUCUCUCUGUCAGGGAGAGUGUUUUACUGAGUCGAAGGGUUUUAGCUGGAUUCCCUUGUCCCUGAUUUCAAGCCGAGACUCAGAUCACAAUGUGAUUAUUCCUGAAAUGACUGCCCUGGGAGGGAAUUCACCUGGUCUCUGGAUGAUGGGGGUCUUGUGUUUCUGGACAUUUAGAUUUUGGUUGAGUCUUUAUUUCGCAGUGAAGUUUUUUCAACAUUGGUUUCUGCUUUCCUGAAUAAAAGAUUUAUUGCAAACCCUUCAUCUCCCUGGGCAUCUUGGGGAAUUUCCUCAGUUCGUGAGCUUAGCACAAGGCUGGAUACACAGACGCCUCCAGCGGGGGAGCAGCUUGUCUCCUCACCAGCAGCAUCUCCAGUGUCUAUUCUCUCUUUCAGCUCAGUGAGUAAUCCACUUGCUCCUGGGCAGAAUCUUGACGUUUCCCCGAGGACACAGAGCAGCUAAAGGGCUCUCAAACAGCCUGGCUGGACUCCAUCCCAGGCGUUUGCUUCCCAUCAGGUGUCUGGCUCCUGCUUCUAGUUUUCUGGUGCUUUCUGUGAUACUAACUCCGUGGUGUAGCAACUGUCUCUAUUGGGGAAAAGGGGAUUUAUCCCCUAGGCACUCUGCUGUCCUGUUCUCUGUCCCAGCUGCCAGCUCCAUUGAUCAAAAAUUGGGCCAUCAAACCCCAACACCAGGGCUCUGAUUUCACCCCCUGCCCUGGACCUGCUUUGGAGGGGAGCGAACAACUGCAGCCACCAGACAAAACAUCCACUGGUUUUGUUAUGUUUUUUUUUGUUCUACAUUUGUACUACGCCUUUCACAAUGGGGUUCUGGAUCAUGACUAGGGCUCCUUGGUAAUACAAUAAUGGAACAAUAAUAUAAGGUUCCUAAAAAAUCCCCUACCACAAUUGGAUCUGCUUUAGCCAUUUCCAUUCACCAACCCCUAGGAGGACAGAACAAGGUGGAGCAGGGUGUGGUGGUUAUUUUGGCCAUAGAUUUCUCCUUCUGUUCUUUUGAU